AGAGCAGCUGUGCGUGUGUAAAAAAAUAAAUUCUGGCUAGAGGAAAUGAUGCCUCAUGCAGUUCUUGGAUCAUUUUGGGUCGAGCUGCCAGAAAACAAAUGUGACAUCCAAUUUCUCAAACUAGAAUCCAAGCAUAACAGACACUAAGUGAGUCUAUAAAAAUGAAAUCAAACCAGGAGCGCAGCAACGAAUGCUUACCACCCAAAAAGCGAGAGUUUCCUGUCAGCUGUCUGCCGUUGGAGGAGAAGGUGGUGGCAGCAGCUCCUGUGAGUGACAGCAGUCGCAGUGAAAACCUAGCAUGGCUCGCCAACGUAGCUAGCAGCCAAAGCAGUGUCGGCGUGAGGUACGGACAUGUCAAAACAGGAGGAGAAAUGGCGAUGGAGACUUGCUUACCACAAGGAGUAGCACUCUAUAAACCACUAGCGUCACCCGUGGACUAUUCGUCAACUGGCAACACUCGAGCGGCUCCUGGGGUAACGCACCUUCGUGCUGUCUAUUCAUCCUCUGCACUAUCUCAGCCAGGAACCUCCGUGUCUCCAGUACAGUAUGCCCAGCUGCAGCCCGCUGCUUUCCAGUUCGUUGGGUCAUCUUACGGUGGACCAUAUCCGGGACCUGCUGCCUUCAUCCCUUCCCCUUUGAUUUCCCCAACGACCUCCUCCUCUUCUGCCACUCCGUCUCAGUAUUCCCACCUGGAACCCUACUCUACCAUCCUCACCAACACGGGCGGCCCAUCCCAGCAUAAGGUUGAGCAGCAUAUGAUCAGGCCGUCUGGAAUGAUCACGAGAUCUUCUCCUCCUUCGUUGCAAAGCCAGUACAUGCAGAUUCCAAGCUCCUCUCCGAACGUGACCCGAUGUCUCUCCCCUCCAGCAGUCCCUCUACCCCUGCACUCUCACUCUACACUGAUUCCGCACAGCCUCACAGUCAGUGCCCCGUCGCAGGUAGUCCUUCAGUAUGCCAAUCCCGGGUACCACGUUACAUCGAGGGAGUCUGCCAGGAAGGCUGAAGACACCAGGCACGUUGUCUCAAGAAGGGAAGUAUUGAAUGGCGAAAUAGAAAAAAGCAGGAGGUAUGCCAUCUCCCCCAACACAGAAAUGAACAUGGAAAAGGCAGGAAGCAAGCCCAUGGCUCGGCACUAUGAAAUCAGGCAUGGAGCCCAUGUGGUUGUCCACCCAAGUACUGCUGAUUAUAAUGCACACGAAACUUUAGGUCGCAGGACCUCAGUAAUGAUUAUACCGAACAGUCAUACGCCUACUACAGAUCUGGAGGUCCAACAGGCCAUAGACAGGGAAAGCUCUCCUUUGGCAGUGUACGAUAAGACUAACUUAAAUCACGGCAAGGCAGCUUUUCCCCCACAUACUGUCAUUCAGACCACACAUAACCCCACACAACAUCUCCCAGUAGGACUACCUUCCAGUGCCGUGUAUCCCGCUCCACAACAGCCUCUCAUCGGCUACAUCAGCAGCCAGCAACAAGCACUUAGUUACCACGGGAACAUGCAACAGCACCUCAUGAUCCCAGGCACCCUCAUUCCUGUGUGUGGCUCGGCGGCCGAUGGAUCAGGAGUAACAUCUACGAUUGUGACCACGUCUCCUCAGUUUGCUGCAGUGCCUCACCCAUUCGUCAGCACGGCCACCCCCAAGAGCGAGAACUAUAACCCCGAAUCACUUGUCCCUCAGCCGGCCUACCACACCACCAUUGUGCAGGCCCAGGUGCACCUGCCCCCGGUGCAGUCAGUCAGCUCCCCUGUGACCACAUCCAACCAACUGCCCCCCUACUUCAUGAAAGGCUCGAUCAUCCAGCUCGCUAACGGAGAGCUCAAGCGAGUCGAAGACUUAAAGACCGAGGACUUCAUACAGAGCGCUGAGAUCAGCAGCGACCUGAAGAUUGACUCGAGCACCGUGGAGCGAGUCGAGGCUGGCCACAACAGCGGCUUUGCUGUUCUGCAGUUUGCGGUCGGAGAGCACAGGACACAGGUCAGUGUUGACGUUCUGGUGGAGCACCCUUUUUUUGUUUUCGGGAAAGGCUGGUCAUCGUGUUGUCCUGAGAGAACCUCCCAGCUCUUUGGCUUACCAUGUUCCAAACUUUCUGUUGGCGACGUUUGCAUAUCUCUUACACUGAAAAAUCUGAAAAACGGCUCUAUAAAGAAAGGCCAGCCUAUUGACUCAACUGGUGUCUUGCUGAAGCACCCAAAGAAUGAUAGUCUGUCUGGCAGCAGGUCCAGGCACAUGGAACGGGAGAAUGGGAUUGUUCAGGGAAGUGUCCCAGGUGUCUCAGAAAAUGGUGAACUGAAGUUUUCUGAGGCCAUUACAGUGCAGUCCGCAAGGUCUUGGCUCAACAAAAGUGAAGUCAGGAAGCCUUCAACAAGAAAGAGACGGUGGUCUGCUCCCGAAACACGAAAAAUAGAGAAGUCCGAUGAAGAGCAGCCUUUGAAUCUUCCCAAGCCUUCCUUCAUUCCUCAGGAGGUUAAAAUUUGCAUUGAAGGACGGUCCAACAUUGGCAAGUGAAGGCACUUUGGGGGAGUGGCUGUAGUUGAAUUUUUUUUAACCUAUAAUACUGUACUGUAGACUUAAGGCUAGAAACCCCCCCAGUAUUUACAUGUUAUCUGCUUGUUAUUUUAGGUUUUUGUUAAUAACAUGUUGUAAUAAUUUCAAAUGGUGUUUAAGGAGGAGAGUGGUAAAUAUGUUCUAUCCACAUAGCUUUGACUGUUCACUGUUUAUUGAAUGCCCUUAUGAAAAUUCUCACCUGGAUUGUUUGUAUCAUGAUUGGAAUCCAUUAUUGUCUUUAACUCUGGUACUGGCUUUUUAAACAUUUUUUUAAUUCAGUUCAUAAUUAGUGAAAACUGGUGCCACUUUGUUUCCCCCCCCCCUCCCCCGUGCUUACUUAAACGUUGUGCAACGCAGCAAUGAAGUGGCAGGAAGUCUAAGCACUUGCGAUUCGGUAAUAUUUAUUUACUGAAUAUCUUGGUCUGAAUGCUCAACAUUGUACCAAAAUAUCGAGUUUAGAAAAGAUAUCUGUUAAAACACUGUUAUCAACAUAGAACUAGAUAUGCCGAAUUUUAAAGAAAAAGGAAAACUGAUGAAUGAAGUGGUUCGGAGGGCGUUGAGCCUAGAACCAAUUGUAGAUUCAAGUUGUCUGGAAGAAUGAGUCAGUCGUGUGAUUCUUGUGUGAGUGAUAGACAUUAAAGUAACAGUAGUCCGUUAAAAGACUGCUUCAUUGGAAAGCACUUUUUUUAAAUGUAAUGAUUCAACAAAAGAGAAAAAAAAAGACCCAGGAGAGUUGAUGCGAAAGCUGGACGAGAAAUUGUAGGUUAUCCGGUGUUUACCUGUUGUACUUUAAAGCAUUUGGCAAUUUGCACACCUUAAGAGUUAACAAUCAUACAGUGAAUCUGUCUAUGUGUUUUUUCUACCUUUCUUUUUAAGAGGAGAUGUAGUGAUUGUCUGGCCUGCCUUAGCAUUGGGACCUUUCCACAGUGUUGUUUCUCGGGAUAUCAAGUUGAGUGGUUAUUUCAAAGUCUGUCAUAUCUAUGAAAUUAAUCUCUUAGGAAGGCUGGAAGGACGAAUGUUUUCAGUAACUUGCCAUUUUAAAAGUAUCAAGGUUCUGAAAAGUGAAGUUUUUUAAAAAAAAAUUAAAAAAUGGAUUCAGUCAGCAUAAUAAAAUGUUUUCUCACCUUAAUUAUAUUUUACCCAUAAAUGUCACAGUAUACCAAUAUAUCUUCUGAUUUAAACAAAAAUAAUUGUACAGGGUUUUACUUAUUUAGGUCUUACUUUUCAGUCAUCUUCAAGUAGAGGUUGAGUUAGAUUCUUUUUGUUGGACUACACACACAGUGCUUUCUGAAGCACAUAAUAUAAAACAUUCAACAUGGCAUUCAUCAGAAAUGCAGUAUUUAAAAUGAACAAAAUUUCCUUAUUAUAGGUUUUCAAACAAAAACUGAAAGCAGUCUGUGGAAGUAACCGAGGAUGAUAACUUUGAUUUGUGCAAGUGACUUGAAGAUUAGCUGGCAAGGGAAGCUCAUUUCUUUGCUUGUAGCAGGCACUUGCAACUUUUAAUAUUGUAUCCAAAGCUGAUUCAAAAUCUUAAACAAAAAAGUGGGGGAAGUGGUUUGAAUAUUGCUGAAGUUGGUUCUAAUUAAAUUUCUCAGCAAUGCACCAAACUAGCUGGACAGUUUAUUUUCACUAUAUUGCACAUUCACACUGCUUGGUUAGUGCUGGGUUCCCAGUGACAAAAACAAGUUUCCUGCUCAGUAAAAUACAUCAGCCCUUCCAUUAACUUUGCUCAGGGCAUUGACUUUCUUUUUCUAAUGUUAGAUGGUAAGAGGUUACUGAAGUGGAGGAGCAGUGGAGUUCAGAGAUACAGCGUACGGGAGUUUAGCUUAAAACAAUCAGUACCACUAUACAUUAAAUAGGUGAUAGUACUUAGGGUUUUUUCCAGCAUGGAAGCAGGGACUCGUUUAACUGACUGGAUCUACUGAAGAAACACUACAGGAAAUAGUCAGGAGCAAUAUGAAUGAUUCAGUUAGUUGUUUAAUGUAUUGAUUUAUAAAUAAGAAUUCCAGUUGGUAGAUUAAUGUCAGGUCACAUUAUUGUAUCCAAACACCUAUUCCCCCUAAAUUUGCUUAUAUUAGUAUGUGCAAUACCUUUUUAUGUGCCAAGAUGUAUCAGAUAGCGCAGAGUUCACUUUUUAAGCUUUUUUUAAAAAAAACGAUUUAGUUUCUUUUCAGUGUUCAUUGUACUGCUACCGUUUGUUUUAAACUAGUCCCUGGUAUCCAUUGAUGAAUAAAGAGCUGGUUCAGAAUGCAAAGAAAGCGUUUCCGUUUUAACCAGAUCAGCCACGUGCCUCUGUACAAAAGUCUGAUUUGCAAUAGUUAAACUGACAAAUAGGCCUAUUUUUUAAAAGUUUGUAGUGGGCAAUUACAUUAAAAAAAAUCACAAAGGUAGUCAGGGUAACCCAUCUAUGUGUAGACUGUGCGGAAUAUUAAUGACUUUCUGGUAGCUGUAGAGAUUGCAUCUACAACAACCCUUUUUAAUUUGUCUGGGCCACACGAGUGGAGAGACCUGCAGUACCCUUUCACUCCUUACUCAGGGAUGGGCUGGUGUGCACCGAGUACACCAAUUAGAAUCAGAAGCAGCACUUUUCACUAAUUUUUUUUAAAAAACAGACCUCGCCUCAAAAUGUGUUAACUUUACUGAUCGGAUCUUUUCUUGUAGCAUCUGGUUGGAACCUUGUCCAGAUUUCCGAGGUUUAACAAUCCACGCGCUCCUAGUGAUUAGCACAGGUCCCAUGUGAACCUAUUGCACACGGAGAUUUGAAUGUUGGUGGAAGUUAACAGUGUUUGUUUUUGAAAGGCUGGGAUACUUUUUAGAAACUAGCUUUGACUUUCAUAUCCUUGUUUGUAAUAUAUUUGAAGAGAGGGAAAACAUGGAAAGAGAAGUUGAAGGUUCAAAUUUAGUUGUACAUUUUAAUGUGUAGUGUCCAGAAGAUGAUCUGUACGGGCGGUGGACGAGGAUGAAGUACUGUACAAAGAGGCUUUUUUUAAAAACGUGCAGCCAGUUUGUGAAUAAUUCCCAGAUUAUGAACUGCUGCGGCUGAGUUUAUGUUAUGGUUGUUAGUACCUAUUGAAAGUUUUAAGUCUUCCAUCGAGAAUCAAUUAGAGGAGGCAUUUAAGUCUUUUUUGUUUUCUUCAUGGACUGACUAAGUUGUGGUCACAUAAUGGCAAUGGCCAGUAGAUACAGGAAAAUGGGGAGGGAAUAAUGUUUUGCACCUUACUGAUGACGGGAGAGUUUUUUUCAGUGCAUAAAUACGUAGCUGAGAGCUUUUAUUGUGAAAGGGGGGACGUUUUCCGUACACGUGUGUAUUCUCUGUAAUUCCAGUGUACAAUAUUGUACUUGCACUAGCUUUUUUUAAAAACAAUUAUACAAAUUGAAGAAUUCAUAUUCUAUUUUCUAACCGUGGUGUGUCUAUUUGUAGGAUACACUCGGGUCUGUUUAUUGAAUUUUAUGGUCCCUUUCUUUGAUGGUGCUUGCAGGUUUUCUAGUUAGAAGUUAUUUCAUUAUUAUGAUAAUAUUUGAUCCAGACUUUGAACAAAUUUUGUUUUAAAAGAAAUUGUCUGUAUACCAGUACAAGUUUAUUGUUUCAGUAUACUCGUACUAAUAAAAUAACAGUGCCAACCGCAACUGUUUCCUCUA